UGCAGUUAAUGUUUUUACCCACAGCUCGCCCGCGUUACUACAAUCAUAAUCAGGAGCAACCGAAACAACACCGACUCCUCGGUUCAUGUUCAUCCAUACAUCACACCGUUUUCUGUGCUAUAAACCUCGGAUUGCAUGAAUUUGCCCAGGAUACAGGACAAAACUGCAAAACAUCUUCCUCCAAACAGCCAUGUCCACCAGCACUGCCUCUGUCUUCCUCGUUUUACUUCUUCACACAUCGAUUUCAGCAAACGACUCAUCAGACAUACUAUACGACAUCCCUCCCUUCAUCAGAGUCUACACAAAUGGUACAAUCCAAAGAUUCAUAGGAACAAGGGUUGCUCCUCCGUUGACGGAUCCGAUCACUCGGGUCCAAUCCAAGGACAUUGUAAUUCACCCGACAGUGAAUGUAACUGCAAGACUGUAUCUGCCUGGAAACGCCAUUCCAGGCAAGAAAACCCCUCUUCUCGUCUAUUUUCACGGCGGUGCUUUCUUCACCGAAUCCGCUGCUUCUCCGCCUUACCACCGCCACUUGAACUCAGUCGUCGCGAGAGCUAACGUCGUCGCUGUGUCGGUUAAUUACAGAUUAGCCCCCGAAAACCCUCUACCCAUUUGUUACGAAGAUUCUUGGCUUGCACUAAAAUGGGUAUUUUCCCACUUCAAAGGGUACGGGAAGGAGCCGUGGAUCAACAAGUAUGUUGAUUUUAGGCAUGUGCAUGUGGGGGGAGAUAGUGCCGGGGCAAAUAUCGCACACAACAUGGCUAUCAGGGCCGGGUCGGAUCAUGAAACGGGUGGUGUUCUACUAGAUGGGUUGUUUCUAAACUGCCCACAUUUUUGGGGGGAGAAGCGGAUCGGGAAUGAGGAUACUAGCAACAUUCCAAUCAAGAACAUGAUGGAGAGCAUUUGGGUUCAUGCGUACCCGAAUUCGAGAGGUCUAGAUGACCCGUUGUUGAACCCGGCUUCGGAUCCGAAUCUAUCCCGGUUAGGGUGCAGGAAGGUGUUAGUUUAUGUAGCUGGGAAUGAUAUAUUGAGGGGCAGAGGUUGGUAUUACAAGCAAGCAUUGAGGAAGAGUGGAUGGAAUGGAAUAGUGAAAGUCGUGCAAGUACAAGGGGAGGAACACGAUUUUGGUGUACGGUUUCCCGACACCCCAAACGCCCUACAAAUGCUGCAAAAUUUUGCUGCUUUUCUCCAAUUGGAUUAACGACUCAUGUUAGAAAUAAAAGUCUACCUCACAAAUAUUUAUUUUAUAAUAUUUUAAUAAAUAAGUCAACUAUGUAACUUCCUGUUAUUGGUUGUACAUAGA